AUGAAGCCAGUUGAUUCUAAAGGUCACUUCCUUGCAGUUCCUUGUGUCACCUGGAGGAUUUGUGAGAGUGAUGUGCUCGCUCUGCCCAUCUUCAAGCAGGAGGAGCCCCAGCUGUCCCCGGAGAACGGGGCCCGUCUGCCUCCACUGCAGUACGUGCUGUGUGCUGCCACGUCCCCGGCCGUGAAGCUGCAUGAAGAGACCCUGACCUACCUCAACCAAGGUCAAUCCUAUGAAAUCCGACUAUUGGAGAACCGGAAGCUGGGAGACUUUCAAGAUCUGAACACAAAAUAUGUGAAGAGUAUCAUCCGUGUGGUUUUCCAUGACCGCCGACUGCAGUACACAGAACACCAGCAGCUGGAAGGCUGGCGGUGGAGCAGGCCGGGGGACAGAAUUCUGGACAUUGAUAUUCCACUGUCUGUUGGUAUCUUGGACCCCAGGGCCAGCCCAACCCAACUGAAUGCAGUGGAGUUUUUGUGGGACCCUGCAAAGAGAGCAUCUGCCUUCAUUCAGGUGCACUGUAUCAGCACAGAGUUCACCCCAAGGAAGCACGGGGGUGAGAAGGGAGUGCCUUUUCGAGUACAGAUCGACACAUUUAAGCAGAACGAGAAUGGCGAGUACACGGAGCAUUUGCACUCAGCCAGCUGCCAGAUCAAGGUGUUCAAGCCAAAGGGAGCUGACCGGAAACAGAAGACUGACCGGGAGAAGAUGGAGAAAAGAACUGCUCAAGAGAAGGAGAAAUACCAGCCAUCCUAUGAAACCACCAUCCUCACAGAGUGCUCUCCGUGGCCAGAUGUGGCCUACCAGGCGAACAGUGCCCCGUCCCCAAGCUACAAUGGUUCUCCCAACAGCUUUGGUCUUGGCGAAGGCAACAGUUCACCAACCCACCCAGUGGAGGCCCUUCCCAUGGGCAGUGAUCACUUGCUCCCAUCUGCCUCCAUCCAGGAUGCCCAGCAAUGGCUGCACCGGAACAGGUUCUCACAGUUCUGUCGGCUCUUCGCCAGCUUCUCGGGUGCUGACUUGCUUAAGAUGUCCAGAGAUGACUUGGUCCAGGUCUGUGGCCCUGCAGAUGGGAUCCGGCUCUUCAAUGCCAUCAAAGGCAGGAAUGUGAGGCCAAAGAUGACCAUCUAUGUCUGUCAGGAGCUGGAGCAGAACCGAGUGCCCCUGCAGCAGAAGCGGGAUGGCAGUGGAGAAAGUGGCCUGUGUGUGUACCAAGCCAUCUUUUUGGAAGAGCUGACCACCUUGGAGCUGAUUGAGAAGAUUGCCAACCUGUACAGCAUCCCCCCCCAGCACAUCCAUCGGGUCUACUGGCAGGGUCCCACGGGCAUCCACGUGGUGGUGAGCAAUGAGAUGGUCCAGAAUUUCCAAGAUGAGUCAUGUUUUAUCCUCAGCACAUUAAAAGCCGAGAGCAAUGAUGGCUACCACAUCAUCCUGAAAUGUGGACUGUGAGCAGAAGUAAGACAUGCAUCUACCCCAGCCCCAUGGACCCCUGGGAUGUUAGAAAUUUCACCACUGUUCACUGCUGUCUACCUGACAAGCUGAGGCUAGGAGGAACCCUGACUGCCCCAGGCCAUUCAAGCUACGGACGAUCAACCUGCAGAAAUCGUGGACACAAAAGCCAGCAUGCAGAAAGUGAUUGGCUUCAACUUGCUUCCUCUUGGCCUCCAGUUUUUGAAGAGUUUCUUGUUCUGUUUCUCAACUUUGAUUCUCUAAAAGCGGCCAACAGUGGGGUUAUCUCUGAAAUCCCAAGCCCCUUAGGUAGAAGCUCAUUGGGUGUCUUUGUGCCACCUCUAUUGGUCCCUUCUUCCCACUCCCCUGUCACUAGAAGCCAUCCUCACCCUGUGCCUUUUCUCCAUCCCUGGUGCUGGCUUCCUGGCCAGCUCUGCUGACCUGAUGCACUUUGCCUUUUUGUUCUUCACUUGCUUCCCCUCUCAGUGACCCCACUAGACUGGAGUUAUUCUGUGCCUUCCACUUCUUAACUUUUAUCUUGUUUCUAAGGAUCUGCUGCUGCCCAGACCAAAGGGGUAUUCAUGUCUCUGCAUUGGCAUAAUGGGUAGAUAUUGCUAUGUAUUUGUAUAGUCUGUCUCCUGGAGCUAAUUCCAGGACCCACUUGAGGGCCAGGCGGUGGAGUGGAAAUAGAAAGAUACCUUUACAAACAUCUUUAUACUGAUGAGAACAAAAUGAUUCCUCCUGAGCUACUUUGGCAUAGUUCUGUUUCCUAAGAAGUUAUAGGUAAGAAGGACCCAGAAGUAAGCAUUACUUCAUAUUAUCAGGUAACCUUGACCAUUAAAGUACCAGACUUUUGGGUUAGGGGGUGUAUAGCUUAGUGGUAUAGCAUUUACUCAGCAUAUGUGAGCCUCUGUGUUUCAUCCCCACCACUGUGAAACAAGCAAACUAACACACCCUUAAGAGAACUUACAAAAUUCCAUUUAGAGAAGGCUUCAGUUAGUCACCCACCCAUCUGGCAGUUUCCCUGGGUUUUUGUGGGGCUCUUCAUUCAAGUUCUCAUCUUUUGUUUUUUUGUCGGUAUGGGGCUUGAACUCAGGGUCUGGGCUUGUCCCUGA